AUUCCAUUCCAUCUCAAUGCGCGAAAACCGCGAAUAUUUCGUCUAAAAAUUAGUCAAUUUCGGAUUUACCUCCGAUUAUUUAUUAUUUUUAAGUAAUUCUUAAAUUUAAAAAACACCAUCAUGAGUCAAAGUGUAGUUUUACGUCGCCGUUUGGCCUACAAUACCAAAAGCAACCGCAGACGAAUGGUGCGAACUCCUGGAGGAAGGCUCGUGUAUCAAUAUUUAAAGAAACCAAAACAGGUUCCAAAGUGUGGGCAAUGUAAAAUCAAAUUACACGGUAUUAAACCAGCUCGAUCCGUUGAAAAAUCUCGUAUGUGCAAACGUGUAAAGACAGUAACCCGAUCGUACGGAGGAGUUCUAUGUCAUCAAUGUGUUCGUGAAAAAAUUAUUCGUUCGUUCCUGAUCGAAGAGCAAAAAAUCGUUUUGAAAGUGAUGAAAGCUCAGAAGAAAGGUGGUAAAAAAACCCGUUACUGUAUAACUUUGUUCGUAAUUAUUUAAUAAAUUUUGUUUUUUAUACGUU